AUGACGCCUGUUACAAAGAUGCUGCUCAGCCUCGCUCUCCUUUCUCUACUCAUCUCACCAGGUAAGAAAGCAUUCACAUAUUCUGUUUUCUCUUCUGCUGCAGUGCUGUCACUUGAUUGCUAUGUGUGCUCUUCUGCUGUCACUAAUGAAGAAUGCAACACGAACAAUGAGGAGUGUCAGGAGCCGCAGGACACCUGUAUGACUGUUGUGGACAUUUUAGGUUCUGCCAAAGUCAUCUCGAAGCAGUGUGCGAGCCAGGCCACAUGCAAUGGAGCAGCUGCCUCCGCCUCUGUGGACUCGAGCGGGAACGGGAACACUGUCGACUGCUGCAACAGUUUUAACUUGUGUAACUUCAGCGGAGCCGAGUCUGUUCACAUCCACACAGCAGUGCUACUUCUUACUGCAGGUAUGCUAUUCCUGCUGUCAUGCUGAUGUCAGAGGGGUCGCAGUCUGAGAAGUGUAGGGAUAAAUGUAUCUAAUAGGUUUUGAUUGUGUAAUAUAAUGUAAUAUAACUAUCAUGUAAAGACUAAAGUUUAAAGUUUAAUCCUGUUAGUAUUUUGGCAACACAUAGAGCUUGUUAAUAUUAUUUUUUACAUGGUUGUAAAUUAUUGACAGAAACCUGACGUUCUUUAUGUUGCUGUAUGGAAAUUCUUUUAGUGUUUUGUUAAAAAAAAAUUAAAAAAAGACAAUGGAUGGGGUGCCGGUAACCUAGUGGUUAGUUUGUUACCACUCUCUCUCUCCACAGUGCUGUCUUUAAAGUAAAGGCAUAAAAAAUCCCACAAAUAAAUGUUUUCGAUGUACUAUGAGAUAUUUCUGAAUGUUUCAAAACUGUCUAAAAUGACUUAAAAGGGUUUAAAUGAAUUUCCAUACAGUAUUUACAGUGGUUAGACUUAUAAGAAAGGUCAUUAAGUGUCCGUGCUACAUUCAAUUAAUUCCAAACAGGCUGUCUCAAUGAAGGGACAAAAUCUUUAGAGUCAACUUUUCUGUUUUAA